ACUUUCUGCUCUGGUGUAGUCUCCUUCAUUGACAGUCCGUCUACAAGGGCUCCUAUAACGGUUUCAGUCUUCUAUCCCCUAACCCAGGUGGGGAAGCGCAGAGGCGGUGUGUUCCUAAAGACCGGCAUUGUUGCGAAGAAGCAGAAAGACGACACAGAAGCUGAGCCAGGCAAGAGCGAUGCCUGGUCAAAGUACAUGGCCGAGGUAAAAAAGUACAAAGCCCACCAGUGUGGCGACGACGAUAAAACCAGACCGCUGGUCAAGUAGGCUGCAAGAGGCGAACGUGAAGCGAUUUUUUUAAGGGGACAGCCAUCUGGGAGAAGCUGCGGGAGGGCCGGCCAAUCCUGACCUUCUCAUACUGCCAGUUUAAGUUUCCCUUCACAAACUGCUUAGAUCGACAGGCCUUUUACCCCCUUUUUUGUAUUGUUUUUGUCUUUGCUCGUUACUUGUUGGACUCUGGUGAAUCUGAUCGGCUGUUUAAAAGUGUUUCAGAAUCUUGGUGUUCAUUAUUGACCAUUAUUCUCUGUAAAUGUUUUCAGAUUUGUCACAUCUGGGUUAAUUUAGGGUUCAUUAAUAGUUGGAUUUAAUUUUAAUAGCCAAAUCCAGGUGUCAAUUAAAUCUACACUGCCCAUGAA